GGCCGACUCAGCUGAACUCGCCCCCGGCUGUUCUUUCUCCGUAUUCCUGCUUUGAGCCUCGCUUGUUGAUGGUCAUGGAAGAACUGGAGAAUAUUACGGAUUACCCUGACUACUAUAUUUACGAGCACUUCAACCCUGUUAGAGACACAUAUAGCAAACCCCCCCAAAUAGAAGCCCUGACCAUCGUUCAAGUGGUUGCUGCUCUCAUCUACAGCCUCACCUGCCUCCUGGGUCUAUUGGGCAAUGGCUUGGUCAUCGCAAUUAUCUUCAAGAUGAAGAAAUCGGUCACCACAAUCUGGUUCCUCAACCUGGCAGCUGCCGACUUCUUGUUCAAUGUCUUCCUGCCCCUGAACAUCGCCUACACCGCCAUGGGCUUCCACUGGGUUUUCGGCAGAGACAUGUGCAAAGUCAGCACUUUGCUUCUCAACCUCAACAUGUGCACCAGCGUGCUUCUCUUGACCACCAUCAGUAUUGAUCGUUGCAUUUUGGUGGUCUUCCCAGUCCAAUCCCAAAAGCGUCGGACCCCGACAAUCGCCUGGUUGUCCUGCAUCCUAAUUUGGGUGCUUGGUUUUCUAAUGAGCUCCCCUUCCCUUGUUUUUCGAGACACCACAACCACCCAUGACCACAUCCGUUGUUUUUACAACUUCUCCUUGUCCAGUUCUCCAAAUGACACCACCCUCGGCAUCCAGAGACAUAAAAUGGUAACCACCUUUCGCUUCUUGGUGGGGUUUAUCAUACCCAUGAUUGUUAUCACAGUAUGUUACAUUACCAUAAUUUUUCGGCUGAAGAAGAACCGUCUGGCCAAGUCCAAGAAGCCCUUGAGAAUUAUUGUGGCCAUUAUCACCACCUUCUUCCUGUGUUGGUGCCCGUACCAUACUCUCCACCUCCUGGAAACGGAUCACCGCUCAGUUCCAGAAAACGUCUUUGAGAUCGGCUUGCCCCUGGUCACGGCCAUCGCUGCUUCUAACAGCUGCAUGAACCCCAUUCUGUACGUCUUCAUGGGCCAAGAUUUCAAAAAGUUUAAGGUCACCAUCCUGUCCAGACUGGCUAACGCCCUGACCGAGGACACAAUCAAUUCAAUCCACUCGUUUUCACGCAAGAGCAUCACCAAAGCCAGUUCGAUGACUGAAAAAGAAUCCAUUUUGCUCUGAACUUUGGAACCCAACGUGGAUUACAGUAGAUCAUUGGUUUCCAGCAAUGAUCCAGAGCUCCUUGAGGUUGUCUUCUAGGAUUAGUCCAGUGGUUUCAGGAGGAACUUGAAAUUGGCUUGGUGAAUCUAAGCCAAUGGUGGUUACGAGGUUCUAAGUACACUCUUGUUUAUUCCCAUCACAGCUUUUUAAAGGUUAUGGCAUGAAUACCUGAUCCUAACCACAUAAACAAACUUCAUGACAAAGGAAGACCCAAAGGUUGAACUUCAGCCUGUAAAGUCUUCACUGCACCCUACAAGUUCUUGGCAAUAAGCAUAUUCUGAGCUCUGGGGAAAAUUGAGCACCUCCUUCACUGGUCUGAGAAUGGGGGAAUUUAGAGUUAGCUCUCUUUAGACAGGACACUGAAACGGAUGGGUGUGUAUAUGUGUGUUUCCUAAUCAUAUGUACCUGUAAAAAUCCAGGUGUGAUUUCUCAUUCUAUCACCUUCCGUGUGAGCAGAUAGACAAGAGACAGAGCCAGGCCUGUUUCUCUAACCCAUUUCCUGCAAUCCCCAAUUUUCCCAGUGGAGAAUUUGAUUCUAGUCAAAGAAACCCCUUCCUUCCACACUAUAAAUCACGCUUCGGAGAACAGUCAUUUCAUACAGUUCUGUCCAGCAACUUUUUCUCUCUUGUUGACUAUUCCGCGAGGUUUCAUAGCCCAUUAAUAAAUCUUUACUCUAGGAGGUGGGCUGUGCAUCCUGUCUAUUCAAUUUCAUGCCCAGUUAAUUUGGGAAAUAAUUCAUUUUCCUCUCUUUUUCUUUUCACUGAAUAGACCUAAAUCUGAAACGCUCAGCUAGAAUCCAAACCUGGGUUUAUAACUUGAUAAGCUGGUUUUAUUUAUCCCAAAUCUAAAAAAAUGGCUUUUUAUUAUGCCUGGAAAGACACGGAUUAUAUGGGGACCUCUCCUGAAUCCUCCUUUCCCCCCAAAAGUGUCAGGCAGAACAAUCUCUCCACCUCUGGAGUAUAUCAGGAAGGAUUUCUAACUACUGGUGUUUUACAAAAAUGCUAGCAAAAUAAAAAGGAAGUUGUGGAAAUUUGCUGCAUCGGGAACAUGAAAAUAAUAUUUCCUGGGCUCAGAGCACCGUCAGGGACAUCCAACAAUUUUUUCCAGUUGGUGAAUCUUGAGGAUUUAAUAAAUAAAAGGAGAUUCAACUAUUGGCAUGAGAGUUAAUCGCCUUCAAUCCAGGUCAUAGCAAUAUGAGGUGUUUGUUAGACUCAAUUAGUCUGUUGUGUCAGGUUUUCUACAAAUGAAAAAGUAUGUAGUAAUUGUUAUAUGUAGCAUUCCUAACAAGUAUAUCUGUAUUUAAGAUAAGUUGGGGGUUUUGUAUUCAAUAUUCCUAAAGAUAUGUACUGGUUUUUUUUUCCAUAAGCAAUGUUGUAAGGUCCAUCUUUUUUAAAUGAAAAAAAAAAGGUCCAAGCAGUGAUAUCCUGUAGCAUUUGUGUUACAAAGUGGAGCAUACAUUAAAUAAAGAGACACAUUUUUGUGCGGUGGUUUGGGUGAAGAAAUAUUUGGAGAGGGAUUACUAAUAAGAUGGGCCCCACGUUUCUCCUGAAAAGAAAUCUGUGUUGAAUUUGGCACUUUCACCCAUGUAAGCCUGAGGUCACUUGAUUUUUGCUCUGUAUAAUCAGAAAUAAAGGCCAGGCAUUCAGA